AUGGGAAUUACAAAACCAUACCCAGAUGAUGACUCCAACGCCACUAAUCAUCAGCUGGAACAAGUGGAGUAUGUCUUCCUCGUCAUCUUCACCAUUGAAACCUUUACAAAGAUCCUGGCGUAUGGUUUGGUCAUGCACCCCAGCGCCUACAUCAGAAGCGGAUGGAACUUACUGGAUUUUGUGAUCGUCAUUGUGGGUUUGUUCAGUGUGAUCGCAGAGGGUAUGACAGACCAUAAACCAGGAGAAGCUCACCACGCUGCAGGGAAGCCGGGUGGCCUGGAUGUCAAAGCCCUCAGAGCAUUCAGAGUGUUGAGACCGCUUCGCCUUGUAUCAGGAGUGCCUAGUUUACAGAUUGUGUUGAACUCCAUCAUGAAAGCCAUGGUUCCCCUUCUUCACAUCGGAAUGCUGGUCAUGUUUGUGAUCAUCAUUUAUGCCAUUAUUGGUUUGGAGCUUUUCAUCGGCAGAAUGCAUAAAACGUGCUUCUCUACAACCUCCGGUUUGUUUAUAGAAGACGAUCCGUCCCCAUGCGCUUUCGCUGGGAGUGGGCGCUUCUGUGUGGGCAACGGGACAGAAUGCAGGGGCAAGUGGGAGGGGCCCAACGGCGGCAUCACAAACUUUGAUAAUAUCUUCUUUGCCAUGUUGACGGUCUUCCAGUGCAUCACAAUGGAGGGCUGGACCGACGUUCUCUACUGGAUGAAUGAUUCUAUUGGCAUGGAGAUACCUUGGAUUUACUUUGUUUCCCUCGUCAUAUUUGGCUCGUUUUUCAUUAUCAACCUCGUUUUGGGUGUGUUGAGCGGAGAGUUCUCCAAAGAAAGAGAAAAGGCUGUGGCUCGUGGUGAGUUGCAAAAAGCCCAAGAGAGUAAACAAAUGGAAGAAGACAUGAUCGGCUACAUGGACUGGCUCAUAGAAGCGGAGGAUGUGGACGAAGAAGGGAAUAAACGUGCUGCGAUCGCGAAGAAGAAGAUGAUGAAGAAGUUUGGCUGGUACAAACGCAGCGAGGAUGGCGGAGAGUCCGACUCCGACGACGAUAUCGCUUACCUCGACGAUGACAACGGCUUCUGUGCUUCUCUCAUGGCAAAGAUGAUGGCCAACAGCUUCUGUGACCAGUUGUGCCAGCUCAACCACACUAUGAGAAAGAACUGUCGGGUCGCAGUGAAAACCACAAACUUCUAUUGGCUGGUGCUGCUGCUGGUGUUCCUCAACACCGUGGCCAGCGCCUCAGAGCACUACGGACAGCCCAAGUGGCUCACCGAGAUGCAAGAACGAGCCAAUAAGAUCCUGCUGCUGCUCUUCACUCUGGAGAUGCUGAUGAAGAUGUAUGCGUUUGGGCUGCAGAUCUACUUCAUGGCCUUGUUUAACCGCUUCGACUGCUUCGUGGUGUGCGGCGGGAUCCUGGAGCUGCUGCUGGUCGAGAUGGAGGUCAUUCCUCCCAUCGGCAUUGCGGUGCUGCGCUGCAUCCGCCUGUUGAGGAUUUUCAAGAUGACUCGCCACUGGGCGGCACUGUCAGAUUUGGUCAACUCUCUGCUGAACUCCAUGAAAGCUAUCUGCUCCCUGCUGCUGCUGCUCUUUCUCUUCCUCAUCAUCUUUGCGUUGCUGGGGAUGCAGUUGUUCGGAGGCAAAUUCAACUUCGAUGAAACUCAGAUGAAGAGGAGCACGUUUGACUCCUUCCCUCAGGCCCUGCUCACAUGUUUCCAGAUUUUGACCGGAGAGGACUGGAACGCGGUCAUGUACGAUGGCAUCAUGGCGUACGGAGGCCCCAUAUUCCCAAACAUGGUUGUGUGCAUCUACUUCGUCAUCCUCUUUGUCUGCGGCAACUACAUCUUGUUGAAUGUGUUCUUGGCUAUCGCUGUGGACAACUUGGCAGGAGGUGGUGGCAAAACGGUCGUAGAGGAGAAAAAGGAUGACGAUGAAGAGUGGGAUGACGACGAAGGGAAAGAAGACGAGGACGCAGGGAACGAGGAAGACGACUGGCAGGAUAGCGAGGCGCUCUCUGCCAUCGAGGGACUGGAAGGAGUUGCACCAAUGAAACCAGAAUUCUCAGGACCCAAAGAGAAGAUUGUACCAAUCCCAGACGGAAGCUCCUUUUUCCUCCUAGGAAAGAAAAACUGUUUGCGUGUCGCCUGCCAUAGCUUCAUCCAUCAUCCGUAUUUCACAAACUUCAUCCUCGUCUUCAUCAUCCUCAGCAGUAUCUCUCUCGCUGCUGAGGACCCCAUCAAAUCCCAUUCUUUCAGAAACAUUGUUUUGGGGUACGCCGAUUACGUUUUCACCUCCGUUUUCACGGUGGAGAUUGUCCUUAAGAUGACGGUGUACGGCGCCUUUUUGCACGAGGGCUCGUUCUGUAGAAAUGCCUUCAACCUCCUGGAUUUGCUGGUCGUCGGUGUCUCUCUCACCUCCUUCUUUCUACACUCAAGUGCCAUUUCUGUGGUGAAGAUUCUCCGAGUUCUGCGUGUGCUCAGGCCUCUGCGUGCCAUCAACAGAGCCAAGGGAUUGAAGAAUGUGGUGCAGUGUGUAUUUGUGGCCAUCAGAACCAUCGGAAACAUUCUCAUUGUCACCACUCUGCUUCAGUUCAUGUUUGCGUGUAUCGGAGUCCAGCUUUUCAAAGGGAGGUUUUAUAGCUGCACAGAUGAAGCCAAACAGACGCCCGAUGAAUGCAAGGGCACAUUUGUAGUGUAUAAAGACGGAGACAUGGCCCACCCCAUGGUCAAAGAGAGAAUCUGGGAAAACAGCGACUUCAACUUUGACAAUGUUCUCAUGGGGAUGCUGGCUUUGUUCACCGUCUCCACGUUCGAAGGCUGGCCCCAACUCCUGUACCGAGCCGUAGACGCCAACGCCAUAAACCGCGGCCCCAUCUACAACUACAGAGUGGAGAUCUCCAUCUUCUUCAUCAUCUACAUCAUCAUCAUCGCCUUCUUCAUGAUGAACAUCUUUGUGGGUUUUGUCAUCAUCACGUUCAGAGAGCAAGGGGAGGCCGAGUUUAAGAAUUGUGAGCUGAACAAAAACCAGCGCCAGUGUGUGUACUACGCCCUGAAAGCUCAGCCGAUCAAAAUCUACAUCCCCAAGAAUCCUUCGCAGCUAAAAUUUUGGAGAAUCAUCAACUCCAGCCAGUUUGAAUACAUAAUGUUUGUGUUGAUCCUGGGGAACACCCUGACGCUGGCUGUGCAGCAUUACGAGCAGUCCAAACUCUUCACGUCUAUCAUGGACCUCCUCAACAUGAUCUUCACUGUGGUCUUCACUAUUGAAAUGAUCAUCAAACUGAUGGCACUUCGGGUUCAUCAUUAUUUCAUCGAUCCGUGGAAUUCCUUCGACGCGUUAAUCGUGGUGGGGAGCGUGCUGGACAUAGCAGUUUCUGAGUUUAGUGGAGGAGGGGGCCAUGGUGAGGGAAAAGGAGAAAGCGGCAAAGUGUCCAUCACCUUUUUCCGUUUGUUCCGAGUCUUGCGUUUGGUGAAGCUGCUCAGCAAAGGAGAGGGCAUCAGAACACUCCUCUGGACCUUUGUCAAGUCUCUACAGGCCUUGCCCUACGUCGGCCUGCUCAUCGCCAUGAUCUUUUUCAUCUACGCUGUGAUCGGCAUGCAGACGUUUGGAAGAGUGGCCGUCGACGAAACGACUGAAAUCAACCGAAACUGUAACUUCCAGACGUUCUUCAUGGCUGUUCUGGUGCUGUUCAGGUGCGCCACGGGAGAGCAGUGGCAGGAGAUCAUGUUAGCAGCUUUGCCCGGCAGACGCUGCGACCCCGAGGCCGACGUAGAACCAGGAGAAGAGUAUUCGUGUGGGAGUAACCUGUCCUACAUCUACUUCAUUAGCUUCUUCAUGCUCUGUGCUUACCUGAUUAUUAAUUUGUUCAUCGCUGUCAUCAUGGAUAAUUUUGAAUAUCUGACCCGUGACUGGACCGUCCUCGGAACCCACCACCUGGACGAGUUCAAGCGGGUUUGGUCCGACUACGAUCCGGAGGCUUCGGGUCGUAUAAAACACAUAGAUCUGGUGACAAUGCUGCGCAGGAUUCAGCCUCCUCUGGGUUUUGGAAAGCUGUGUCCACAUCGAGUCUGCUGCAGGAGACUUGUGGCCAUGAACGUCCCCCUCCACCCCGACGGCACAGUGACCUUUAGUGCAACGUUGUUUGCGCUGGUGCGAACUUCUCUCAAGAUAAAGACUGAAGGAGUCAUUGACCAACAAAAUGAGGAACUGAAGCUCAUCAUUAAGAAACUGUGGAAGCGGACUAAGCCUAAACUCAUAGAUGAAGUGAUUCCUCCCCCUAGCGGGGAGGAAGUGACCUGUGGAAAGUUUUAUGCCAGCUUCUUGAUUCAAGACUACUUCAAGAAAUUCAGGAAGAGAAAAGAACGAGAAAGGAAAUCCAAAAAGAAGGACAAAGCAGCGUCUUUACAGCAAGGCCUGCGCUCCUUGCAGGACCUGGCCCCGGAGAUGCGCCUGGCCAUGACCUGCGACCUGGAGGAAGAAGAGGGAGACGACAUUUUCGGGAGCGAAGCCACGUCGGCCAACACCACACCGGCCUCCACCCCCAUGCCGCCCAUAGAGACCCUGGUGGAGCAGACCAGUGUGUUCAUAGAGCCUGAUCCCCGAGCGGCCAAUGGGAUCGCAGCCACAGGGCAUGUGAUCACGGAGCAGGUGACCAGUCUCCAUGACGUGGAGCUGGGAUCAGAGCUGGCAGGUGUCAGCGUGGUCACAGCUCAACCGCUCAAGUCGGAACCGCUCCCAGUCACAAGGAUGACAGAGUAUGCUCCACCUCCUCCACCUGAAACACCGAUGGAAAUACCACUGGAGGCACCAGUAGAAGCACCAGUAGAGGCAGCAGUAGAGGCAGCAGUAGAGGCAGCAGUAGAGGCAGCAGUAGAGGCAGCAGUAGCAGCAGAAGUGAUCAACGAGCAGCCUCCACCAUCGCAGCCCACAGCAGCAGAAUCCCAGGGGCCCAUUUAUCAGAGUGACUACAGUGCUGGGACUCUAGCAGCUGACAGCUACAGCUUCCCAGAUGCCGCGUCUCCGGCUCCGACCGAACCCGGAUACCAGGAUCCGGGUCUGGAGCGAGCGAGCAGCCUGGACGCCCACUAUGCCGCUUCUAACACCAACGGCUUCAUGACUAACGGCUUCAACGGCACCAACGGAGCCCCCAGCCCCAGCCCUUAUCCCAACGGCUACAGCACCCCUGCAUAUAACGGGAACGGGUACACGGGCUACAUCGACAACGGCAGCGUGGUCAGCGCCAACGGAAACGGCAGCAACGGCAGCAACGAGCAAAGCAGCAGCAGUGGCUUCAACGGCAACGGAUACCAGAACGGGAACGGGGCGUUUGUGAGGAGGCGACUGCUGCCGGCUAUCCCUAAAGGUCGCAAGCCUGCCUUUAACUUCCAGUGUCUGCGGCCUCAGAGCAGCGUGGAUGACCUCCCAAUACCAGGGACAUACCAAGGAAACUCCUCCCCGUCCAGGUCUCGCCUCCAGACCCAGCACAGCCUGGACUCUCGGAGGAGCAGCGUCUCCUCCAUGUCCUCUGCCUCUUGGGCGAACACGACUGCAGCUGGUGCCACCCCGCUGCCCUCCAUCUUGUCUUCGUCCGGCCGCAGGGGGAAGCUCCUCUACACGCCCAUGCUGCUGGUGGACGAGGCCACGGGGACCUCGCAGCCUCUGUGGAGCAGCGGGUCAGCCAGUCUCCCCCAGAGGAGCACCCCAGGCUGGUACCCCAACCAGCCCCGCACCUUCACCAGCUCCAGGAUGGCCCCCGUCACACACUCGUACAUAGACAAAGGCAGCGCAGACAGCCUGGUGGAGUCGAUUUUGAUCUCCGAGGGUCUUGGUAUCUACGCUCGGGACCCCAAAUUUGUGAACUUUGCGAAGCGGGAGAUCGCAGAGGCGUGUCGCAUGAGCCUGGACGAGAUGGAGAGCGCCGCCACAGACUUGAUCUCCCGAGGAGCCAGUCGCCCCACGUCCAGGUACGAGGACGAGCUGGCCGACGAGAUCAACUGUGUGGUUUCUUACUGA